CCAAUAUCAGUCUGCAUGAUUUUCAUGUGUGGCAGUUGACGUCAAAUUUGACGAUAGCGACAGCGCACAUAAUUGUCACCGGUGAUGUUGACGAUUACAUGGCAACAUCAGAGAGUCUUAAGGAGUUCUUCCACAAACGAGGAAUUCAUUCUACUACAAUUCAGCCAGAGUUUGUGCGGGAUAGCACUGAUAGUGCUCUGAAAGAGGCUAGCUGUGUUCUUGUGUGCAAGACAGAUGCAUGCGAUAGUCAACGAUGUUGCAAGCGUAAAUCAGAAGAUUCAAGUCAAGGCCAACGGAAAGCGUCUGCGGUAGCUGCUAGUCCAAAGGCCAAUGGUAUUGCAGAUAGUGCUAAUAAAGUCUUGGAGAACAAGGUAUGAAAAGGCAGUUAGCAUGACUUGUGUUGCAUGCAAGCAUA